AUGAAUAAAAAAUUAUUGUUAAAAGCGCAAGAAGAAAUUGAACAAGGGAAGGAGAUUGCAGAACGUGAAGAGCAAGAAAACGAAGCAAAAGCUCCUGAUGGUAAAAUUCAUAAUUAUGAAAAAAUGCUUUCUGACGUUGGGAAUAUUCCAUGGUACAUAUCUGAUAUCAAAUUAGAUCUUAAGAAUGUUGUAUCAGAAAUACAUCUAAAAGUUGGCAUAAUCCAUACCUUGAAGAAAUAA